AAAAAAUAUCCAGUGUUCUGCUACAAUCGUGAUGAGAUAUAUGAUCUAUUUGAACGGUAUGAAAAGAUGAAAAGAUGGAAUGGUGAUUAUGAUUCAGCAGACCGAACUCUAGCUAUUUCGCAUGCAGCUGAAACAAGAAUGCUCAGCGGCCUACACAUUCAUGAAGUGUAUAUUGAUGAAUGCCAGGAUAAUCAAAUCAUUGACUUCGCACUUAUUUUAAAGCUUUUUAACCAUGCUGACAGCAUUUUUAUGGCUGGGGACAUAGCACAAUGUAUUGCCCGAGGAUCCUCCUUCCGAUUUCAGGAUUUACGCGCACUAAUGCAUCAAUGGGAACUUGAUCGGAACCCUAUGAAUCACAAUCAACAAAAUACUAUAAAAAAAUUCGAGCUAAAUGUUAAUUAUCGUUCUCACAAGGGAAUCCUUAAUCUUGCCGCGUCAGUGAUUGAACUCCUUAGCGAUCUUUUUCCCGAUUCUAUUGACAAACUAUUACCAGAACGGGGCGUGGUCGACGGUCCACAACCUUUCAUUUUCAAAGGAUUUAGA